AUGCUGCGUCAAAAACUACGCUCUUUCACACCUAACAAGCCUAUCAAUUAUCAACAGAUAUCUCGUCGCCGAAUCAUCGUCUCAUUCGUUCUUUUCUUUGUCGGUUGGAAAGCAUUCGGCUAUACUCUCAACGAUAUGUUCCUGUGGACUGUCGAUGAACAAACUAUGCAAGGUCGAUUCUUAACACCACAAGAAGGGAAAGAACGAAGAAAAUAUCACAUUUGCUAG